AUGGCCAAAAUCACCCUCACAACAUUCUUCUUCCUCCUCAUCACCUUCUUCGUCCUCACAAGCGCGAUCCCGGGGGGCCGUACAAAGAUCCAAAACGUGAAAAAAAACAAAGAAAUCCAAGACCUGGGUAAGUAUUCGGUCGAUGAAUACAACCGGUUGCAACGUGGUCAGAAGACCGGUGACGGGGAUCUCAAGUUUUCUCAAGUUGUGGCGGCGGAAUCCCAAGUGGUUGCCGGGACUAAAUACUAUCUGAAAAUCGAAGCGGUUUCGAAUUCCGGCGUCAAAAAGGUUUUUGAUGCCGAGGUGGUGGUUCAACCCUGGAAACAACAGCCUAAACAGUUGCUUACUUUUAAACCAUCGCCUAAGAAGAAUCAUUAA